AUGCAGAGCCACAAGGCCAAUGCAGACAAGCACUACUACUGUACUAAGUGCGACAUGGAUUUUGUGAACCACGCCUUGCUCCAUCUCCACAAGGUCAUGAGUGAGCAUCACUUUGCCUGCCUCGAGUGCGAUAUGGAGCUGCGGAGUAACGCUGGGCUCCAACACCAUGUGAAGUUGACACACUCCCAAGGUAAAGACGUCUCUUGCCUUGGUUGCGACCGCAAAUACAAGUCGGCUGCUGCUGUCAUGAAGCACAUUGAAGAGAACGAAUGUCCUGUCCUCUCGCUGCCAGACCGGAUCACUCAUGACACCACAUUGGAAGGGGCUGCUGGAAAGGUCUUCUUGACAUUGGGCCUAGGACCCUCUCACACUCGCCGUCCCGGCGAUAUCAGUGAUGAUGAUUCUGAUGGCGGAGUUGCCGUGAAUUCCAAAAGACGGACAUCCCGUCCUGCUACUGCUCAUGAGUUUAAUGCUGAUCUUGAGGACUGGCCUAAGUUGGGCUCAGUCGGUGCUUCUCGCGCCAAGUCGAGUAGCAUCUCUACUGAAUCAACUGGUGGUGCGCCUCUCGGCUUUACCCGCUCGCUUCUAGACGACGAUACCCCAAUGAUGUCUCGCAUCAAAUCGAGCUCUCCACCGGCAGAAGACGAGGAUCCUACUGCUUUCGAUGCGGAAGACGAAUUUUCCGACGAAGAAGAUCCAAGACCCAAUGCCCACGCAACCGACACAAUUAUUAGCCCGACAGACUUCUGGGAUCCAGUGCGUGAACGCUACGUCUGCAACUGCAAGGCAGUAUUCGCCAACCUCAGUAGUUUCGCGAGUCACAUCGCAGCAGAAGAUGACUCAAUUCUUGACUGUCCCCGAUGCGGCAAGCGGUUCAAGACUCGCGUCGCCCACGUCGCCCAUGUGGAGGCUCCAUUCUCGAAAUGUGCAGUCCGUGCAAGCAGCGCUGUGCUAGAUCAAGAGCUCAGUGAUAUUACCCGAGGCUUUGCUGAGAUCAAGGGAAAUGAUCAACAGGUGCUGUUGGAUGAUAUGAUGGAAGGCAGCUCAUCAUCAACCUUGACCUCUCGCGAGCCUUCUUGCGGUCAAAGACUAGAUUUCAAAUCAGAAUCUGACACCAAGCGCUUCGAGGACAUGCCUGCCGAAAGCUCAGCCGAUGACAGCUCCCUGGGAGGCACGCCUGACUACAUAGCAGAAGAGCUAGGUGAUGACGCCCUGGAUAGCACCCUGGCGCGGGAUAUGAAGGGACUUGUUUUCUCCGCCAAGCAGCGUGGCGAUGAGAAGAUAAAGAAGUAUUGA